AUGUACUUAUAUUUAGCAUUACCACAUGAAUGGAAUAAUAUUAAAUACAAAGAACCUAAAAAUAUGAACCAAAUCUUUAAUGAGAAUAUACCACAAUAUUUUAAAGAAUGGACCAAUUAUGAAAAGAUCACUAACAACCUAUUCCAACAACAAUUUCUGGAUAAAGAAAUUCCAAAUAAAUACCAAACACCAUAUGAUGAUGACAAACAAGAAAUUAUAGCAGAAAAGCCUAAUUACCUGUAA